CUCGCUGGCUGCGUGGCUCGGUUCUUGUGAGCGAAGCUUUGUCCGGUUCGGCAAUGGACGGAAUUGUCACUGAGGUUGCUGUUGGUGUGAAGAGAGGAUCUGACGAACUACUCUCAGGCAGUGUUCUGAGUAGUCCAAACUCUAAUAUGAGUGGCAUGGUUGUUACAGCCAAUGGUAAUGAUAGUAAGAAAUUUAAAGGAGAAGAUAAAAUGGAUGGUGCUCCUUCUCGUGUACUUCAUAUUCGAAAAUUACCUGGUGAAGUGACAGAAACUGAAGUUAUUGCUUUAGGCUUACCUUUUGGUAAGGUAACCAACAUCCUUAUGCUGAAAGGAAAAAACCAGGCAUUUUUGGAACUGGCAACAGAGGAAGCAGCUAUUACUAUGGUUAAUUACUAUUCUGCUGUGACACCUCAUCUUCGUAACCAACCAAUUUAUAUCCAGUACUCCAAUCACAAAGAACUAAAGACAGAUAAUACAUUAAACCAACGUGCACAAGCAGUGCUUCAGGCUGUGACAGCUGUCCAGACAGCAAACACUCCUCUUAGUGGCACCACAGUUAGUGAGAGCGCAGUGACUCCAGCCCAGAGUCCAGUACUUAGAAUAAUUAUUGACAAUAUGUACUACCCUGUAACACUUGAUGUUCUUCACCAAAUAUUUUCGAAGUUUGGUGCUGUAUUGAAGAUAAUCACAUUUACAAAAAACAACCAGUUUCAAGCUUUGCUCCAGUAUGGUGAUCCAGUAAAUGCUCAACAAGCAAAACUAGCCCUAGAUGGUCAGAAUAUUUAUAAUGCUUGCUGUACCCUAAGGAUUGAUUUUUCCAAACUUGUGAAUUUGAAUGUAAAAUACAACAAUGAUAAAAGUAGGGAUUAUACUCGACCUGAUCUUCCAUCUGGAGAUGGGCAGCCUGCCUUGGACCCAGCUAUUGCUGCAGCAUUUGCCAAGGAAACAUCUCUUUUAGCUGUUCCAGGAGCUCUGAGUCCUUUGGCUAUUCCAAAUGCUGCUGCAGCAGCUGCUGCAGCUGCUGCUGGCCGAGUGGGUAUGCCUGGAGUCUCAGCUGGUGGCAAUACAGUCCUGUUGGUUAGCAAUUUAAAUGAAGAGAUGGUUACGCCCCAAAGUCUGUUUACCCUCUUCGGUGUUUAUGGAGAUGUGCAGCGCGUGAAGAUUUUGUACAAUAAGAAAGACAGUGCUCUAAUACAGAUGGCUGAUGGAAACCAAUCACAACUUGCCAUGAAUCAUCUUAAUGGACAGAAAAUGUACGGAAAAAUUAUUCGUGUUACUCUCUCUAAACAUCAGACUGUACAACUACCUCGAGAGGGACUUGAUGAUCAAGGGCUAACAAAAGAUUUUGGUAAUUCCCCAUUGCAUCGUUUUAAGAAACCUGGAUCGAAAAAUUUUCAGAAUAUAUUUCCUCCUUCUGCAACCCUUCACCUAUCUAAUAUCCCUCCUUCAGUAGCAGAAGAGGAUCUGCGAACACUGUUUGCUAACACUGGGGGCACUGUGAAGGCAUUUAAGUUUUUUCAAAGAGAUCACAAAAUGGCUCUUCUUCAGAUGGCAACGGUGGAAGAAGCUAUUCAGGCCUUGAUUGAUCUUCAUAAUUAUAACCUUGGUGAAAACCAUCAUCUGAGAGUGUCUUUCUCCAAGUCAACAAUUUAAAGGGGAGAUGAAGAUUGGGGGUGAAUCACAUUGUUCAGUGUCAUCACCUAUUGACUGUUCAGAAAAGUGGGGACCAGAGUUUGAUUUUUUUUUUUCAUUUUUUCUUUUUUUUCAUGCUGUUAUCAUUCCUUGGUUAUAAAAUGAAAUGGCAUAUGUAAAGGCAGAGUUAUUAACUGCUGUAUUUCAUCUGUUCUAUAGGAAGCCAUUUUUAUUGUCUGUUUAAAAUUUUAGUUUAAUUUUGCUUUAUUUUUUCAACUUAGUUGACAUACGUGCCUUAAAAAGGAAAACUAGUGUUGCUAUUGUGCAUUUACUAGAAAAAAGGAAUUGGUUGUCUAGGGCACAUUGUUAUAUGGGAAUUAAAAUAUGUUUAGGCAGGGGUGUGUAAAAAGGUUAAGUUUUUGUUUCUCCUGCUUGGAACUUAUUUUGAAUUAUUGGCUUAUCACAUUUCUUUCUAUUUAAUCAAAUAAGAUUCUUGAUAUUGAAUGAAUAA